ACGUCGUCGCGCGAACGAUCGCCACCGCGGCGAAAUGUCCGCGGCGCAUAAUCUUAUCGCGUCGAGCGAUUUCGCCAGCCGAUUUCCGAUAAUGUAAUCAAGGUUUCAGCGUCUCGUAGUAACGUCGACGAUGAAGCUCGAACAAGGUGAGUCCGCGAUCAGCGCGCGAGUGACGGCGACGACGACGACGACGAGAUCGACGUCGGAGGCUGCUGCUGCUUGUUUACAAACGCACACACACGUACAUAUGGGACUCGGAAAAUUUUAUGUGCAUCAUGGCGGUUUCGUUUCACGUGAGGAAUGAUGACGAAAAGCGUGAGAGAUGUGAGAUACAACGUUCGUUUUCCAAGACGUUCGAUGCGCACAAACGCGAGUAACAGAGAUCAGUUCAUCUUCGCAAACCUGUGAAAAGAUCGAUUUCGAAUUUCAAUUUCCCUGAACACGGAGGGGGGGGCUCUGACCCCCGAAGGGAGUUAUUUGCUCGCUGUUAUUUAUUCGAUUUUUAUCAAGAAAAUAAAAGCACACAAAUGGGAGGAGAGAGAUAUUUUAUUGGGGUAUAUGUGCCAUGCAACGCCAUCUUGUACUAUCUGGCGCAACCAUUGCACGCAUCGUCGCAAUUGCUGGCGCAAGUCUGGGAGUGAAGAGCGGGGUAUUUCCAUCGGAGGAUUGCCAUCGUCGUCGUUGUCAGUGGGUUGGACGUGACACGUGCGGUACACAGCCACGCUUCAAUGCAGGAAUCAUGGCACAGUGGAAGCAAGAUACAAUAUUGAAAUUGAUCGGUGCGUAUCGCGAGAGGAGAUUUCUCUGGGACAAGACGGCUGUCGAGUAUACCGACCGGAGCAAGAGAUACAAUGCGUGGAAAGAAAUUGCAAACGAGGUGCGGUGUGAUCAAGUGUGGUCAAGAUAUUAUUUAAUGUUACUUAAUAAUGUCGGCUUCGACGUGAUGACGGUCGAGCGGAAGCUGAAGAGCCUGAAGACUCACUUCAUGUCGGUGCACAAGGCGUACGCGAAACGAAGGCUCAGGAGCGAUCUGAAUUCUGGGAGCGUCGCCGAGAAGCCCAAAUGGUUCGCUUACGAGGCACUGACUUUUCUGAUUAAAGGAUGCGCGUCGCGAGCCAAUCGCGAGACGAUCAUGGAAAGGGAGAGGCAGAAUUCCACACCUGCUUCUAAUUGGAAGACGCAGAACUCAACUUCUGCGACGUCACGACUUUUUCUUCCGCGUUUUCAGGAGAUUUCGACAUACCGGGACGAGUUUACGGUUUUUGCCGAGCACGUCGCUAUUCGGCUAAAGAAUAUAAAAGACGUGCGUGCGAGACUCAUUGCGCAGCACCAGAUAAACAACAUCUUAUUCGAGGCCGAAAUGGGAAAGUAUAACGCGCAGACCUCUUACAAUUCGACGGCGAGCACCGAGCACUUGGACGAACCGUCAACGUCAAACGAUGAGAAAGUGAUAAUAAAUAUCCCCCAAGCCGAAUCCAAUUUUUUUUCGCAAACAUAAUUGCUGUAUAAAAUAUUAGUAACAUUAUUGUUUCUCUCAUAGAAUAUUAAUAUUAUAUUAUAUUAAUAUUAUUGUUCCUCUUUCUCGUUCUAUUGGUUACAUCGUAGUGCAAUUGUUGAUAUAAUAAGAGUUUCUUAUUGUAAGUAAUAAUGGCUGACAGAAUGUUUUCUAUCAUACAAAACGCGAAAACGCGUUCGGCGAGUUAACGAACGCGCUGAAGUAUUGCUCAAUCAUUGCGCUUUUGUGUGUGUUUUUUUUUUUUGCUGGCGUGUCGCAUUCGCUUCUUCGUCGUUGUAGCCGCGGAAGCCGCAUCGCAGAAGUCAGAUUUUCACAAGCCAACAUGAGACCGACACGCGAAAACGUGCAUCAGAAAUUCGCGAUGACGUUCGCGCGCUGUUUUUAGACUUCAGAUGUUUUAUUGUUGGUUGCGGUAACGCAAGUUAAGGCCUCGAAUGUAAAAAAAAAACUGAAGUAACUAUAAGUAAUUAUGAGUAAAAUUUUACUUAAUAAAAUUUAAGUAAUUAUGUUAAUUACUUAAGUACAUAUUUACCUAUGUAUUUAAAGAACUGAAUAAAAAGUUUCGACCGAG